AGAAGCUCCCCUCUAUAAAAAGGGUGCACGGUGCUCUUGAGCAUCAUCACUGGACAUCAUCCUACAUUAGGACAAGAGUCUGAACUCAUUUCACUUGAUUUCAUCAUGAACAGAAUUGUGGCUUUUCUCUUUCUCUGCACGAUCGCCGUCGCCGCUGCUGGUGGACUUUACGGAGGAUAUGGUGGAGGAUACGGUGGAGGAUAUGGCGGUGGCUACGGUAAAGGAUACGGUAGCUACGGAGGUUACAGAGGCGGAUACGGAGGAUACGGUGGUUACGGAAAAGGAGGAUACAGUAGCGGCUUGUACGGAGGUGGCCUCGGUUAUGGCAAAGGUUACGGAGGUGGUUACUACGGUGGACAUGGCGGCGGAUUAGGUGGAUAUGGUCUUGGAAGUUACAAGGGUUAUGGAGGCUACGGAGGUUAUGGAAGUUAUGGUGGAGGUCACUAUGGUGGAGGACACUACGGUGGAGGAUAUGGAGGAUAUGGUCACAAGGGUUGAUUUUGAUCUUUUUAGUGAAUAAUUGUGCUCUGAUUGUACUGGAAAUGCCAAAAUCAUUACUCAUGGAAACCGAAAAAGAGAAAAGUCUAGUUUUGCACAUUUUGUGAAAAUAUGUGAAAGUGUGAAAUAAAUGUUUUCUUUUUUUUUUAACAUG